AUGUCUUUGCUAGAAGUAAUAACGAAAGCUUCAGCAGCUAUUCCGGCCCUGCCCGACCAUGGGACCGAUUACCCGAUUGUUCUCAACCCUGACCCAAUUUUCUCCAAGCUGAAGCUGGAAACUGGCGACCAGAAAUCCGACAGCCACGCUCUGAUAAUUAACGGGCUUGUCGAUCGUGCGUUCACAUCAAAUUUGGUUAAUAAGUUGAUCGAGAAACGGAAGUCCGACUUAGUUGUCUCGUGCGUGAAGCAUUUGCCCGAUUUGCAAGCUUACGAUUUGAUGUGCAUUCUGAAGUACUUUCUGAUGCUGCCGGUCGAUGGGUAUGAGAGCCUGGUUAGCUUGAGAAAGGAUUGGGAGAGCCAAGCACUGUUAGCUAUUGAUAAGUCGAGUGGAAAAGGAGUAAAAGGGAAAGAUAAAAGCUUGGCAAAGGAGGCAGCCCUUUCGGUCAUGCUGGCACACGAUGGAUUUUCAGUGUCCGAAUUAUGUUUACAUUAUUUUCUCGCCUGUCCUAAUCUGGAUGAGGUGAUGUUCUCAGCUUGUGUUGGGAAAUUGGAUGGUGAGGAGAUUAAGGCAUUAAUUCGGUACUUGGGGAAAUGGCUCGAGAAAUAUGAAAGGUUCCCUCAGGUGGGGCCCUGUCUUAAGGGGUCAUCGGUUUUGGGUCUGACGGUCUGCGAAUGGGUCCCUUCUCUCGAGACUGUGGUGAAAUGUCUUGGUGUGGUUUUGGACGAGCAUUUCUCGUAUUUGGUUUUGCAUUCAGAAUUUGGUGAGUUGAGAAUUUUAGAGGGAGUUGUUGGGUCCCUAGCUGCAGAGGCAAGGCUUUGCGGUGGUUCGGCUACUUUGGCGGAAAGGUUGAGAGACGAGCGCAAGGCCUAUCACCACGAAUCUCUGGGAAAUUUUGCAUUUUCACGAAUUUCUAAACCAAUACAUGUUUUGGAGAAGGAUUUUCCAUCUGUUCUGAGUUUUAUCGUGGAGAAAUUAUUACGAAAUUCGAUUCUAUAA